AAGCAAAAAAUUUUAAGGUAAGAGUAGAGAGAAAGAGACUCCGAUUGUAAAUUUUGCUGUGUUCCUGAGUUGGAUUUUGAUCCGAAGAUGGCCAAAGGAACCCUUGAAGUUCUUCUUGUCAGCGCCAAAGGUCUCGAUGACUCCGAUUUUUUAUCUGGGUCGGAUCCCUAUGCGAUUCUCACUUACCGGACUCAGGAGAAGACAAGCGGCAUGGGGACAGUUGAUGGAUCUUGCUCCGAGUGGAAUGAGAGCUUCCUCUUCUCCAUAUCCAGCGAUGUGCCUGAGCUGAAGAUCAAACUAAUGGACAAAGACACGUUUACAGCAGACGACUUUAUUGGAGAAGCAAUAAUUCCUCUCCAGCCACUGUUUGUUGAAGAUAGCCUUCCGCCCAUGGCGUACCAUGUUGUCAAAGAUGAGGAGUACCGUGGAGAGGUUAGAGUCGCCCUCACUUUCACUCCCCAGAGAAGCAGAGGCGAUGAGGUUGAAGAGGAGAGCCUUGGAGGAUGGAAGCAAUCAUGUGUGGAGUGAAAAAGAUGUUGGCAUUACUUGUCAGUUUGAGAUUGUCAAUUUCAUUGCAACUACUUGCUGUUUCGAUUUUUUUGAGGAACAUACAACUGAUGGAUAUCAGCACUAUUGAUCAUGGUGUUCUUAUAUAUGGAUCCGAUUUUAUGCUCGUUAA